GAACCGGUGCAGUUGUAAACCAGUCCCACUGUAGCGCUUCCAAAGCAUGAAUGUGCCGUACAUAAAAUACACAACAGCAUCAGAGCGUCAUUUGCGGGAAGCAAUGAGCUUCAAUUGAGCAAAUACUUGCUCAUGCCAGUGCGCGAGGGACGGCGGCUCUGGUUGUCAGAGGAUCUGAGGCAAUCUGAUGGCAUCACGUCACGCUUUUCUGGUUGAUUUUCUCUCAAAUGAUCGCUCCCACGAUACAGUUACCUAGUAAAGUCUCUGAAUCUCAGCAGGAAGCGUCUGCUCAGGUGCCCGUUUCAGAUUGCCACAUACGUGUCUGUAUAGGACGGUGCUCUCCAUCGCCCUUUCACCCCUUGUAUGUUGAUCUCUGAUCUGAAUUGCAAAAGGAAGCAGAUUGGUGCAACGUUGUCAAUAUUGUACCGUACAUGCAGGGCCCCUUUGAUUGCUGAGAUCCGGGAUAGAUUGAGUCUUCAGCUUCCUGAAGAUGCUGCGUAGCGCAGGACCUGAAGUGCCCUUUCAGGACAAUGCUGAAGACGUCUGAUUAAUAGUGCUCAUGGCACCCGCCCCUCCAUCUCGGUCGGGCAACCGGGCUCCCAACAAGGGAUCAGGCCAGGGGCCAUCAAUCAAUGUCCUUUCUUUGGAGGGAAGCCUUCCCCAAUCACGAGCGGGGUCAAGACCAGGCACCAAUGCACGCCUUCGGACCCCAAGCACUGCAGGAGGCCCAAGAGCAGCAAACACGGCAGGGGCUUCCAGGGGGGGCACUGGGGUGGGGCAAGGCCUGUCCUCUGACAGGGAGGCGUUGAUGGGGGUGCUGGUUCACAAAAUGAGGGAGAAGUUCUCUUAUCUUGCAGCCGACUUCAAAACUCAAGAGAUCAUUGGCCAAGAGGUUGUCAGCUGGGUGAUGAGUCACCCUGGGGCAACAGAAGAGGACUCCUCGAGCAUUGAGGAUAAGAUCAGAGCGCGUCUUGUGAUCAGCAGCUAUUCAAACCGGGACAGCUGCCCUGACACACCGACUUCUCUCGGGAGCCCGACUCGAUCGAUGCACACACGUCCUACUGAUGACGACGAGUGGGUCACGAUCCAGAAGUUCACAGUCGAGGAGGCAAAGAGGAAAGAGAAGGAAGAGAGACAGAAGGAGGCUGAGAGAAGACGGCUCAUCAAAUUGCAGCUCGACAGUCAGGUAAAGGAGCACCUGGACAAGCGGAAGGAGGCGUGCCAGGAGGACCAGGAGUAUGCGGCGAAGGAGAAGGAAGAUCUGGAGGCCUGGAAGAAGGAGGAGGCGAGGAAGCAGGAGGAGAAGAAGCGCGCCGCGGCCGCGCUGAAGGCGGAGCGCGACCGGCAGCUGCAGGAGCAGGCGGAGAUGAAGCGCGACCUCGAGGAGACGAAGCGGCGCGAGGACGAGGCGCUCAAGAAACAAGACAUCCGGGACAUGAAGAGGGCGCGCAUGGCGGAGGAGCGCGCGCGCAAGGCGAGCAAGGAGGCGAUGAAGAAGUUCCUGGCGGCCAACGAGGAGAGCCGGCUCAUGAAACUGGCGGCCAAGAAGAAGAAGAUCGAGGACGAGAUCGAGUACACGCAACAGUACACGGAGGAGAUUGAGAAGCAGGCUGAGAAGCGGAAGGCGGAGUGGCAGGCCCGGCAGGACGACCAGGCGCGGCGCAUGGCGAUGGCGCUCACCAAAAUUCCCGAGAUGCAGAAGAAGGGCCUGGUGGACGAGGCGAUGCUGGAGCGGCUGCAAGAGCAAAAACAGCGCGAGAACGCGGAGGACGAGAAGCGGCGCCAGCGCGCACUCGUGGACAAGCGGGAGGAGAUGAAGCGCGUGCUCGCGCAACAGCUCAAAGACAAGGAGGAGCGGCGGGUGCGCGCCAAGGAGGAGGAGUUGGCGCUGCUCAAGGCGCGGCUGAAGCAGGAGGCGGACCAGGCGGCCGCGGACCAGGCGCGCCGGAAGGCGGAAGCGGAACGCCGGAUCGCGCACAAGAACGAGCUGGAGAGGCAGAUACGCGAGAGAGCUUUCAAGAAGGAGCCAGCAAUGGAUGACGUCGAGAAAGCUUACAACAGCGGCCUCCUUUCAAAGAUCAAAGAAGUCACCAUCCACUAGGCCGCUGCCACGUAUCAGCCAAACAAACGUAGCUCGAGCCGUAGUCCUUGCGCCAGAGAGAAUCUAGACAAGGGUGGUCGCAUGAGUACAACGUGCGUAGGGUAUGAGGAAAGCAUCAGCGUCGCAAGUAGAAACCGGAGAAAGGGCUUCGAAGCUAUGCUCUAGUAUCAAUAUUGUUAUGGCAAAUGUCGCUAGAAAGAGAUUCGUUCAAAAUAAAAGGAAACACGUACCUUGACUUCCGGCAGUCCGCGGGCUGCGGAUCUAGCCACUGCCACAUUGAUUGCUUAGGCUUAUGUUUAACUCAGAUUGGACUAACGGCUUGCACUGGCAGAUUAGUGAACAUGAAACGUAUAUGAGAUGUUUGUACAGAACGAGUGAGAGAGUUAAUCUGGACUAUUUGAAAUCGAUUCAAUCUGCGGCUGGGAAGCUGCCUUUCGCGCCAUGGAUGCGAGAAACAUAUUCAAACGUACUAUAU